CCCUCCCUGCUCUUGACGUCGCCUGCUCUGCUCGCGACAGGAGGCGCUGGGCUGGGCGGGCGCGUGGGCGGCGGAGCGCGAGUACGGCGUGGCGCUGGACGUGGUGCGCGGGCGCGUGCGUGUGUGGGUGGAGGGCGCGCUCUUCCAGUGGGAGGACCCGCUGCCCUUCGACGUGAGAGACCUGCAGGUGGGCGCCCACGACGUCGCCCUGCGCCUGCACAUCGACGGGGCCCAGCGGCAGCAGCCCCACUACGCCAACGGAAACAACAUCUGGUGCGUGCUGCCCAAAAGCUGCAAGUGCAAGCUGGGCUUCCACGGCGACUUCUGCACUUCCUUGUGCCCCGUGGGCCGCUUCGGGGAGUCGUGCGCGCACGCGUGCGGCGCGUGCCUGGGCGACGCCGAGGGCGCCCCGGGCGCCUGCGACCCCGCCACCGGCGCCUGCCCGCUCGGCUGCCGCCAGGGCUUCCUGCCGCCGCUCUGCAAGCAGGAGCUGGUGCGCCUGAGGGAGAAGCCGGUGGUGCGCGCGCUGAACGCGUCUGCGCUGGAGGUGGCGGCGGACGCGCGUCGCCUCGUGGGCGUGGGCGUUCCGCACGCCGCCGUCGUGCAGUUCCGCCCCGACGACGGACUACAGGGGCUGCGCGAGGACGCGUGGCGGUCGUUGCCGCCGCGGCCGCUGGCGCCGCCAGGCGGGGAGGCGGGUGCAGUGGUGCGCGCGGUGGUCGCGGGGCUGCGCGCGGGCGCCGACUACCGCGUGCGCGUGCUGCUGCUCACCGCCGACGGCGCCUGGUCGCCCCGCGCGCCCGCCGCCACCGGCACCACCGCCUGCUC